UUGUUUUGAUAUUGUUCAUUAAUUCCAGGGGAAAGCCAUGUCACUGGCAGAACAAGCAUCAUAUACUCUUAUCAAUGUACCAACAGAUGCUGAACCACCUUCUGAAAUGCAACUGAAACAAGAACUGGAGAAGGGCGAUGUGAAGACAAAGAUCAGUUCUUUGAAGAAAACCAUUCAAAUGAUUCUAAAUGGGGAGAAAAUGCCCUCACUAUUAAUGACCAUCAUCCGUUUUGUGAUGCCAUUACAUGAUCACACCAUAAAGAAGUUGUUACUGAUAUUCUGGGAAGUAGUGCCAAAGUGCCAUCCUGAUGGUAAACUUCUACAAGAGAUGAUUCUAGUCUGUGAUGCUUACAGAAAGGACCUUCAGCACCCUAAUGAAUUUAUUCGGGGCUCCACCCUUCGUUUCCUUUGUAAACUGAAAGAGCCUGAGCUAUUGGAGCCUUUGAUGCCUGCUAUCCGUCAGUGUCUUGAGCACCGACACUCCUAUGUACGACGCAAUGCUGUGCUCGCCAUUUAUACUAUCUACCGGAAUCAUGACUUUCUAAUACCUGAUGCUCCUGAGCUUAUUGCAAAAUUUUUAGACGAAGAACAAGACAUGUCUUGCCGACGCAAUGCUUUCAUGAUGCUUAUUCAUGCUGACCAAGAAGCUGCUUUGAACUACCUCAGCAGUUGCAUCGACCAAGUGAACACUUUUGGGGAUAUUCUCCAACUUGUUAUUGUUGAGCUUAUCUACAAGGUAUGCCAUGCCAAUCCUUCAGAACGGGCCCGUUUCAUACGCUGUAUCUAUAACUUAUUGAACUCAUCAAGCCCUGCAGUGCGUUAUGAAGCAGCUGGAACUCUUGUGACACUAUCAAGUGCCCCUACUGCAGUCAAGGCUGUUGCUAGUUGUUAUAUUGAGUUGAUCAUCAAAGAGAGUGACAACAACGUGAAGCUCAUUGUCCUUGAUCGGCUGAUUGCUUUGAAAGAGGUGCCUGCUCAUGAGAAAGUUCUUCAGGAAUUGGUAAUGGACAUCCUGCGUGUAUUAGCAGCUCCUGAUCUUGAAGUCAGAAAGAAAACAUUAAGCUUAGCACUGGAUCUUGUCACAUCAAGGACAAUAGAAGAGAUGGUUUUGAUUUUAAAAAAGGAGGUUGUAAAGACAAAUAAUGUUGAGUAUGAAGAUACUGGGAAAUACCGACAGUUACUGGUGCGUACUCUGCAUCAAUGCAGCGUUAAAUUUCCUGAUGUUGCCAGUGCUAUAAUACCAGUGCUGAUGGAGUUCCUCGGCGACCAGAAUGAACUGGCUGCUGCUGAUGUAUUGGUGUUUGUCCGAGAAGCUGUUCAAAGGUUUGAGCAGCUGCAGCCAUUGGUCAUCACUAAAUUACUUGAGGUUUUCCCCACCAUAAAAGCUCUCAAGAUUUUCAGAGCUGCUCUAUGGAUUCUGGGAGAAUAUUGUGACAGUUUAAAAGAAAUUGAAGAUGUUAUGUUUCUUAUCAAACAGUCCAUUGGGCAGAUACCUGUAGUAGACGAUGAAAUUAAGAAAGCCUCUGGAGACAAAAAAGAUGAUGAUGUGUAUACAGCAACUGGUGCCAGCCAGAAGCGAGUGACAGCAGAUGGUACAUAUGCUACACAGAGUGCCUUCAGUGCUGUAACCCAUACAAAAAAAGAAGAAAGACCUCCAUUUCGCAGGUACUUGUUAAAUGGAGAUUUCUUUGCUGGGGCUGCCCUGGCGACCAAUCUCACUAAGUUAGCCCUUCGCUAUAUCAAACUGACUGACUCUAAGAAGAAGCAGAAUGCUUUUAUCGCUGACUGCAUGUUGCUCAUGGCAACUGUUAUACAUCUUGGAAAGUCAGGACUUCCUACAAAGCCUAUCACAGAUGAUGAUGUAGACAGAAUUGCUGUUUGUCUCCGUGUUUUGGCUGAGAAAACUGAACUGAUGAGUGAAAUCUUCAAUCAGAAAUGUCGUGGAUCUCUUUCUGUGAUGCUGGCAGCAAAAGUGGAAGAAGAAAAAGUCCAGGUGAAGGCAGCAGAAAAGAAAGCUGUGAAAAUCCAAGCUGACCAUCCAAUAUCAUUUACCCAACUAACUUCAAGAAAUGAUUUGGGAACCACUGAGAAUAUGUUUGAAUUAACUUUGUCACAAGCUCUUGGUACUUCUGGUAAAAAGGACACUGACACUAUUGGAUCAUCAAAGUUGAAUAAGGUGACACAGCUGACAGGAUUUUCUGACCCAGUUUAUGCUGAAGCCUAUGUUAAUGUGAAUCAGUAUGACAUAGUACUAGAUGUGCUAGUUGUCAACCAGACUGCUGACACACUUCAGAAUUUAACUUUAGAACUUGCCACACUUGGUGACUUGAAACUGGUUGAGAAGCCACAGCCAGUGACCAUGGCCCCUCAUGAUUUUUGUAACAUAAAGGGCAAUGUGAAAGUUGCUUCUACAGAGAAUGGUAUCAUUUUUGGUAACAUUGUCUAUGAUGUGACCGGAGCGGCAAGUGACAGAAAUUGUGUUGUAUUAAAUGAUAUUCACAUUGACAUUAUGGAUUAUAUAGUACCAGCUAGUUGUACCGACACAGAGUUCCGACAGAUGUGGGCUGAGUUUGAAUGGGAGAAUAAAGUUGUGGUCAACACUAAUAUCUCAGAACUCCAUGAGUAUUUAAACCAUGUGAUGAGCUCCACUAACAUGAAGUGUCUUACUCCUGAAAAGGCACUUUCUGGAGAAUGUGGUUUUAUGGCAGCCAACAUGUAUGCCCGGUCUAUUUUUGGAGAAGAUGUCCUAGCCAACCUCAGCAUAGAGAAGCCAGCUCAUCUUAGUAAUGAUGCACCAGUACAGGGUCAUGUGCGUAUUCGAGCUAAAAGCCAGGGUAUGGCAUUGAGCAUGGGUGACAAAAUCAACCUUUCUCAGAAAAAGAUCUUGAAAACUGGACCUGGGACCAACUAAAUCAGUUAUUACAACCACAAAGACACAUACAUGCUCUCAGAGAUACACUUAACCAUAUAUGUAAUUUCAGUUUCUGUAUUUUAUUCUUAUUUUACAGAAAAGUACUUCAGUUGACCUGCUAUAAACUAGCCAUAUAUCAAUAAAUAUAUCAAACAAAGA